AAGAGAAGACAACACAAUUUUUUUUUUUGUCUUCACAACUAAAAAUUCUUAAUUUUUUAAACCUCCCCCUAUCCUCUUCCAAAAAAUGAGGAGUCAUUACCUACGAAGAAAGAGAAAUAACAGUUAAAAAUUAAAAAGAAAUGAUAAGAACUUGAAUAUGAAAUCGCCGUCGAAAAAUUACUAUGUCGUUGAUCUGUUGGCGAUGUAGGACGACAGAUGUUGGGCUUGAGGAAGACGAGUUCGAAGAUUUGGCAGAUGGCGAAGCAAUCAGACUCUAUUGCCUGUACUGUGACUGCAAGUCCUCAAUAUUGAACGAACCCUUGUUUCGUUUUGGACGAAGAUAUUCAAGGGGCGGAUUGCUCAAUUCCUUAUUGGAUAAACCAUUAUCCCGUGAAGAAUUAUUGUACUUACACUUUUCUCCUAGGUUCUUGAAAGCUUGGUUCUCAAUUGGUGUUGGUUUUAGUCUUGCCGUUUUAUCUUCUGUUAUUAUGAUUCUUUUAUAUGAAAUCAGCCAAAUACUGCGUUUUUACUAUGGCAACACCCAGAUGAGCAAUAUGAUGAGUGAAUAUCAAUUUGUUUUUUCUUCUACGAUAUCAGGCUUGACCAUCUCACUGGCUGACGUUGGAUAUCUGUGCUUGUCGUCCAUCUUGUCGGUUUCAGUGCAUGAACUUGGGCACGCUGUAGCUGCUGCAAGGUUUAUUUCCUUGAUGGUGAGGCCAUUUCAGAGGUGAUUAUACACUACUUUAGGAUCCUAAGUCCGAGGAGGAGGAGAACCAUUCUUCAGUAUUUCCUGUUUGGUGGAACAGUUGCAUCUAUUCUUAUCUUCGCCCGGGUUUUCCUUCUUUUAUUGUGAGGUAGAAUAUCAUCAUAUCGUACUGCUCGUAGAGGUGGAGCUUCUAGACAUAUUUUCCCCCUCCGCAGGUUUGGAAAUCGAGGUGCACCAAGUUGGACCAGACACCACGGUUAUUAAAAAAAGAUUGAUCAACGUGGUAAACUGCUUUUAGUCAGUUUUAGUUCGAGUAAUAGGAAUGUAUGUUAGCAUACGUACUGAUACAAAAGAUAUCUACUCACCUACGGCUGGCACUGCCUCCUUUGUAUCUUUUGUUUAAUUGAUGAAGUUUAAUCUUCUAGACCCUAAAAAAGACAGAUGUACGUGGUGAAUGUUUUUUUUUUGUGCC